AAAAAAAAAUCUUUUCCCACCGCCGCCCCUCUUGCUUGCUUUCUCUCUCUCUCACCCUCUCCUUCUCUACCAUUUGGCGUCCAGAGGGACUACAGUACUGGCAACAUGUUGAAGUGGUGCGUUGUGAUCUUGGUGCACUAUGCACUUUUAGCACUCGGAGUCGCCGUGCCCCCAAAGAGCCUGGCUGCUGCAGACUCCAGGCUGCAGAGUGACACAGUGGCAGGGCAAAGUGCCAACAAGCUACAGGAGGCCACAGAUGACGGACAAAACACCCUCUCCAAGCUGCUGGGUGAUUAUGACAAAGUGAAAGCCCUCUCGGAAGGCUCUGACUGUCGGUGUCAAUGUGUUGUCAGACCCUUGAGCAGGAGCGCCUGCCGGCGGAUAGAGGAGGGCAGCGCAACCGUGCAGGACUCUUACACGGUGGAGACCAUCACGUCCGGUCCGGAGUGUAAGUGCGCCUGCAUCGCUCCUCCAUCUGCGGUCAACCCCUGCGAGGGAGAGCUCAGGCUGAAAAAGCUUAGGGAAUCUGCGAAAGAUGAUGUCAAGUUGGCAACUAUCCUUGAGCUUCUGGAGGGUUCCUAUUAUGGGAUGGAUCUACUGAAGCUGCACUCCGUCAUCAGCAAUCUGGUGGACCGUGUGACACACAUUGAAAAGGUGAUGGCCUUGAACCAGACCAAAGAUGAGGUCAAGUCCCACGCAAACCCGUUAAAGCCAACAGAUGACACUAAAAGGCGGCCCACGGUCCCACCUUCACCCCACCAAGAUGAUCAGGAGGGAGAGAAACCAGAAUUGCUGGAAGCAUCUCAACAAGAAACGGAGAAGCACGGGGAGAAGUUUGUUUCCAAAACUCAGUCCAAUGAUUCGACUAAGGUCACCGAGGUCAAAUCGCAUGUGGCUCCCAAAAAGGGAGGCAACAAGGACAUUUCUCAAGGGUCCAAGACUGCUCGUAAUGGGAUGAUUAUCAGAGGAGUGACUUUUUACAAGGCUGAGCCAGAACCAAUGGCCACUGACGACGGGGACCAUGAAGAGAAUGAUUUUGAGUAUCAUGGAUUCAGUGGUGACGGUCCAAUAGACCUCCUCAUUGAAGAGAAUCUUCUGCAACACAGAGCUCGGCCCCGCCCCAUGGAAAGGACAGGAUCGAGGUCAUUCCGCCCCGUGACCACUGCCGUCUUCUAUGGCUCCAAAAAUAACAGGCAACCUACAAUACCAACAAAAAAUCUGAGUGAAGAGAUCCAAGACAUUGAUUCUCCAUCCAUUUUCACUGUGAAAGAGACAAACACAACAAGCGUGGUCACAUUUAAACGCUACACAACCUCGGAGAACCUCACCACAACGAACACACCUCAAUCCGUUGCCUUGGACAUCAGCGAGAGGACUUUGAAAACGGACCCUUCCCCUGCUGUAACUACCGUCGAGAUGAUCAUAGCAACCCAAGUUGAUGAUAAGACAACCCCCACAAGUAGUACAGAAACUAUCAUGACAGAAUCCCUAAGCCAAAAGGAAAUUGGAGAGGCACCAAACUCUCCUGAGGCGGAUGUGACCACCAGCACUGGGACCACUUCAUCCCACACCACCAACAUCCCAACAGCUCAAGCCACUCAGGCUGCACCCACGACACCAAAAGACACAGAAGCCACCUUUCUUCCAGUAUCUUCUACCAAAACGCCUCUACAUACUUCUCGACCUGUCACCACACCUGCAACGACUUCUACUCCGGCGACCACCACCACGACCAAGACCACUACCACGACCACCAUCUCCAAUCGGGCUCCUGCGGUCAAACGGAAGUACAAAAUCAGCUGGGAGGAGGAAGAGGAGGAUCUGGAGUUUGAUGACAUAAUGCAAAGGCAGGAGGGAGCCACGACAAGAAAACCUGAGGAAUGUAAGGAUACCCUGGCAACCAUCUCUGAACCAGUGACUCACAACAAGUACGGCAGGACCGAAGGGGCUUGGAUGAAGGAUCCCAAGUCAGCCAAAGACAGGAUUUAUGUCACUAACUUCUAUUACGGGAACAAUCUCCUGGAGUUCCAGAACAUGGAAGUUUUUAAAAAAGGUCGUUUUACUAAUUCCUACAAGCUUCCUUAUAACUGGAUCGGCACCGGCCACGUGGUCUACAAUGGCGCUUUCUACUACAACCGCGCCUUCUCCCGAGACAUCAUUAAAUUUGACCUACAGCAACGCUACGUUGCCGCGUGGACCAUGCUGCAUGACGCUGUGGUGGAAGAGUCCACAGCGGCAUGGGAGUGGCGCAGUCACUCAGACAUCGACUUAGCAUUGGAUGAGAGCGGCCUGUGGAUCAUCUACCCGGCGAUGGACGAUGAGGGCUUCUUACAAGAAGUGGUCGUCCUGAGCCGACUGAACCCAGUGGACCUCAGCAUGGAGAGGGAGACCACCUGGAGAACCGGGCUGAGGAGAAACUACUAUGGAAACUGCUUCAUCGUGUGUGGCGUCUUGUACGCUGUUGACAGCUACAACCAAAAGGAUGCCAACUUGGAAUACGCCUUCGACACACACACCAACACUCAGAUGAUUCCCAGAAUGCCCUUCACCAACAAUUACACCUACACGACCCAAAUUGACUACAACCCCAAAGAGAGUGUACUGUAUGCAUGGGACAAUGGACACCAAGUCACAUACGAUAUCAAGUUUGCUUAUGUAGACUCCAAUUAAAGCCUUAAUUGUAGCACAUUUUGAUUCUUAAAUGGAUUGUAGAUCAGUCCAACUGGCCUGUAAUGGUUACUGUCAAUAUUUGUUUCAAUUUGUAUCUGAAUUUAAUAAUAAUAAAAAAAAAAGUGAGCCAUAUUGGUUAGUCAACAUGUUGUUGAGUCAGGCACACAAUAACCGAGGCAACUGAGCUAGACAGAACUGGACAAUUACAAAAACAUUGCAGUUGACCUGUGACCCUCGCACACCUACCGACAAUCCCAAACUCGCCAAAUAAAGUGACUCCUUACCUUCUUGAUUGGGAAAUUUUAAGCACAUUUUGCAUUCCACUGAACCGCAAAACAACAUGGCAUAUUCAAGCAUAUAUCAAGGAAAAAAAAACGGACUUUGAGAAUACAAUA